GAAGCAAGUCAGCACGAACGUCGCCCCAGCUCUGACCGCUGAGCAGGGCGAAGGGCCAGGAGUGGGAUCCAAACGUUCUGCGACGGUCCCUGUACUGAGUGCGCAACCAGACUGGCUGGAGUUACGGGAAGGAGGCCUCGACGCCGACAGUCCACUGGCAGACAAUGACACCAGAGCAGCGUCAGCCGCUCCCGACCUUCGCGUUCUCGGAACACUUCCUCUCGGUCAGAAGACGCCCCCCCCGUGCCCGGCCUGCAGUAUCAAUCUCACCGUCGCAAGUCAGUGUACCCGACAGCGCUGUCGCAGCUACACCAGGACCAUCGACAGCCGCUCGACCAGGGGCGCCCCUGGCAGAGCAGUCCGUUCACACACCCGGCGGCCCCGCUUCUCGCAAUGCAAGCUAUGGCAGCCUCUUCAGUGCAUCCGAUGAGCCCACGGGAACGGCAGAGAGCAGUUCAGCGGGAACAACCUCUGGUCGUCGUCUGCAAGGAAUCGAGCUGCAGGAAAAAGAUUGGGCUCACGAACCUGCGUCGCCCAUCAAGGAUCCGCGACCUGAGGCGGUAGCUCAAAAGAGCAAUGGUAAAGGCAAGAGGAAAGCACCAGAGGAUGGUGGUCAAAUAGUCACCAGCAGUGAUGAUGAUGAGGAACGUGCUGAAAGAGAGCGCAAGAUCAAGGAGAAGAAGCUGCAGAGGAAGAAGCGCGAAAGGGAGGAAGAAAUGGAGCGCGAGCGUGUAGCAUUGAAGGCGAAGAAGAAGCAGAAAAAGAAGCGAGACAAAGAGCGAGAGCCAGAAAGACAGACGAAGGCAAGCUCAAGUUCCAAAACUCACAAGCACCAGGGAGGCGAGGUGGACGACCUUCGAUCCAACAUCAAUGCCGAUGCAUUCGCUAGGUCCACUGCUCCCUCAACCCGCAAAGAUUUUGCCUCACACUUAAAGAAGCUACAGCAAGCUCGCAAGGGUAUCGUCGUGGAUUCUGAUGCUGAUGACGAGUCGCAGUCAGCGGAUGGCGACAGUAGCGCAUCGUCAGUAUCGAGUAGCAGCGGCAGUAGCUCCAGUUCUUCGGGCUUCGUUGUAGGUGACGACGAGAUCAUCCAUGAGAGCGGCAGAGUUGUCAAAAAGAAAGCCCCUUUGCCUACAGCCCGUCAGCGCUCUCCACUGAGCCUUGGAAGUGUUCUCGGACGAAAGCUCGACUUUAGCGAGGCUUGUGGAGAGUACCUGCGCUGGAUCACGAUGAAGAUCUUGAGUACAGUCACCCAGCUGCCCCGGUCGCGGCAGGAAGAGCUGCGCAGAGCUCGACAGCAGCUCCAACAACAUGUGGAAGACUCGCGACGAUUGCUGUCCUCUUCGGCGAUGCGUCGCCAAUUUACUUGGUACCUGAGGCACUACCCGAACCUGGAAAGAAGACUGCUAUUCUCUAGCGAAGUACAGGAUCAUCGAGGAUGUAGCGCUUGCCACCGCUCGAAGCAGAAGUGUGACUCAGAGCUGAGCUUCGGUGGUAGGCUCUAUAAUCGCGAUACGCUAGAGUUCCUCGACACGGAGGAGGAGGAUCUGAUGAGUUCGGACAUGAGCUCCAAUGCCGAAGACGUCGUGGAGCACAGAAGCGCCAAAGACCCUAGCAUCACUUUCAAGCGUCGCUCAUCGCAAAAAGGCAGGUUGCACGUAUUUCUCUGCGGUUCCUUCUGCGCAAAUCGCGCCGUACUGCUGCAUUCGCUUACUCACUGGGAAUACCAGACCCUUGGGAGAGUCUUCAAGGCAGAGGAAUGCAAGGCUAUAAGACUCAAGCACGAGAGGGGCGGCGAUGUCACUGAGAGGGAGAUUGAGAAGAUCGUCAGAAUGCACGUGGACAAAUUGAAGAGGGACUUGCUGAGCUACAAGAGGCAAGCUACUGAGAUUGCUCAGAAAUGAGGAGCGGCUGACUCUGCGUAGGGGAGAAAGGGGUCUGAGGCGGCGACUGAAUGUACACCAACUUGGGCGAGCUCGUCACUACAUAGCCGCUGUACCUGUCAAGUACGCUCCAUGAAGCUAGGUGGGAUUAUAGCAUUGAAAAGUUUGACCAUCAAGCUCGCUGUGACAAUGAAGCUCCUCCGCUCUGCAAGACGAGUCAGCAAUGAACGAAGCGGGAGAGGGGUCAGUG